AUGAGUGCUGGUGACAAGCGUCUGCUUUUUCACUGUGUUCUUCUGUCUGCCAUGGUUUCAUGCCAUGGCAACAAUCCUUUCUUCAAUGACAAUAAAAACCUCAUACUUCCGGCGUCCUACAAUAUUCCGUGGAUGGCUGGCAUUGAGGAUUUCCGCCCCCUGUCUCUUAUCACCAUCCCUGGCAGUCACAGCAGCAUGGCUCGGCAUGGAGGCCCUGAGUCAGAAUACCAGGUCCUGUCUCUGAGUGACCAGCUCAGAGCUGGGAUUCGUUUCCUGGAUCUCAAAGUGUUGGAACUGGAAGGCACCCUCUACGUCAUGCAUGGGGUGAUAUACGAGCGCAGCACAUUCAGAGAUGUUCUGGACACUGUUAAAGCUUUUUUGUCUGAGUUUAACAGUGAGGCUGUGCUCAUUAGAGUGGUGCCAGCGAUUUUGAACAAGAAUAAGGUAAAUGAAAUGGUGCAGAAUCUGAUUAGCAAUGACCAGCACGUGUGGGUGACCUCUGGCAUGCCAAAUAUAGGCCAGGUGAGGGGGAAAUUGGUCUUUUUGCAGAAAAGCACCUUCACACUAGGAAUUCCCCUCACAGAGACGGAUGAGAAUAGCAGCAAUAAGGUUAGCAGAGUUAAAGAAGAGGACAACAAACUAAUCAAACAGCUGGCCCAAGCCACUGAGGCUUGUGGGGGUGAUAACGUUGUUUUGACUUACACAAGCGGCACUGGCUUUGGGACUUUUCUAGGAAUGUUUCUGACCCCAAAAAGAGUGGCAGAAAAGGUCAACCCAUGGCUCAAUCAGUACCUCAGGCAGUUUUAUCCCAAUCAUCCCAGACCAUGCUUUGGGAUUAUUGCCAUGGACUUCCCUGGCUUUGACCUCAUUCAAACUGUUAUCAAUUUGAACUGGUGGUAG